AUGCCAUAGGGUCUGCGCCCCGCCCCACCUCUCUGAACUUGUCCCUUUGGUAGAUUUUUUUGACGCCAGGCAGUGGGUGGAGGCGGUGGGCCUGAGCAUUGCGCCAGGGAAGGUGAGGACGAAAGCUCCGCAGUCUCCUCCGGGGGCGCCCAGCGCGGUCGGAACGAGGCCGGUGCGAGGCAGAGGUCUGUCUAUCCAUUCUGUACGCGCCAGCGCUCCGUGAUAGCCCGGGUAAGAGAUCGAGUCACACUGCCGGGUCGCGUGGGUCAGGGCUCUUGCCCCACCCUUCCACGAAGGAUACGAAGUUUCAGUCACACCUGUCAAGCCUGUCAGUAGCCGGCUCUCAGGAAGGAACCAUGGCAAAGGCUGCAGCCACCCUUUUGGUUCUACUAAGUUGCCAGUGGCCAACGGUUCAGGCUGAACCACACAUUCUUAGCGUCAGCUUCACUGUGAAGACUCGUUCCAUACGUAUUAUGGAAUUAACACAGUGCUCAGUGGAUGGAGUGCCUUUCCAUUCCGAUGAUAAGAAUGACACAAGAAAGGAGGGAAAUGUUCCUAAGGAAUGUGCAGAUUUGUUCCCAAAACUAACAGACAUUGAAGAAGAGUUUAGGAGCCAGCUACAUACCAUGGAACAAGAGGGAGACCUGACCACGGGUGAUCACAGCUUGCAGGUCACAGUGGUAUGUCUAUAUGAAAAAGGAAAACCCAUAUAUGGCUACUGGAAUUUCACUCUUGAUGGACAACUUUUUUUUGGCUUUAAUUGCCUUGAUUCAAAGAACAAAAAAUGUACACUGACUCCCAAUAAAACCCCAGGUAUAGACAAAUGGCAGAAUAACACCAAUCUACUACGACAUCUAGAAACAUUCAUCAGAGGAGAUUCUCGUCGCUGCUUCCUGGUAAUCUUACCACAAUUGAAGAAAAUGGCAAGAUCAACGUCAAGGACCCCAGAUAUUGGAAUUGUUACAUCUCCCUCCCAGCUUCCAUCUACCAUGAACACCUCCCAGCUCCUAUCUACCGAGCAGCCCCCCAGUAAGGGAGGAUCUAGCGUCACAGAAGGAGGCACCCCCAUUGUCAUCAUCAUCCUCCGCAUCAUCCUGGCUGUCAUUAUUAGCAUUUCCAUUUGCAUUGCCAUUUGCAUUUGCAUUUACAAGUGUGUGAAGAGGAAAUCUUGUACCCAAGGAAGUAAGGAGCAGACUGGGGUCUCACUCUGGUUCUUGGUAGGGUUAGUCUGCUGAGCACAUGGAACAGGUGUCCCACUGGGUAUUGGGGAUGUGAAUUCCAGUCUUCAUGCUUCCAUAGCAAGGGCCUUACCCACUGGGCCAUCCUUCCAGCCCCAACACUGACAUUUUGACAAUCCAGUUGCCAGUUCAAUAUACUAUGUUCCGCUCAGACAUUAGAAACCGAACGAAAGCAGCUCCCGAGUGCCUCACUUGCAUGUGCCACCACCAUGACACUUGCCAUGUACUCACUGCAGAGACAUUGGUCAAGUUAUUUUCACACAAUCAAUUAGGACGCCCCAUCUUACUCAUUCUGUCUCUCUUGUCUCCCUACAACACACAGUUGAGUCGCUGCUGCUGACAUUUUUAUUUAAAAGGACAGUGAGUUAGGAAUGUAUUCAUAGUGGUUUAGUGGGAUUUGUCUCUGUGAUCAAAAUCUCUUGUAGACAGUCGGUACUGACGUGCAGGAACCACAAGCUGACUGUGCUGACUCACUAAAUACCACGACACAAGAACACCUUGAAGACACAUGUGGAUUAGCAUGGAGAGUAGUACAUGCCAGGCACCUGCCCAGCAGAGAGGAUGCAAUGAGAUGUAACUGUAGACAGAAAUGGAAACUACUGCCCCCAGAUCAGAAUCACAACCCCAAGAGGUUAUACAGUUUCCAGCUACCACUCAUUUCCAUAUAAGGAAAGACUUAUCAUCUGAAGAGUCAUUGGCCCAGUCAUUGUGGUGUCUCCAUGGCUGUGAAAAGUUAAACACUACAGGAGGUGAGGUACAGGCAGGCCAUUGGCACCUGGUGAGGCCCAUUCAACUUAGACUGAGGAAGUGGCCCACAUAGGUGCAUGAAAUCCUCUCCCAGUAUGCGUCCUGGGCAUUGCAUUUGCUCUAGUAAAGUUCCUGUGCUUUGAAUCUAUUCACGUCACAGCAAAG